AUGAUUACCUUGUUCCUGUCGCUCUGUUCUGUGCCGGUCUUUGACCCUGCCAGUACAGUGCCGGUCUUUGACCCUGUCAGUACUGUGCCGGUCUUUGACCCUGUCAGUACAGUGCCGGUCUUUAACCCUGUCAGUACAGUGCCGGUCUUUGACCCUGUCAGUACAGUGCCGGUCUUUGACCCUGUCAGUACAGUGCCGGUCUUUGACCCUGUCAGUACAGUGCCGGUCUUUGACCCUUCCUACUCACAUUGCCCCAAACUGCCCAGUCCUACUCCACCCUCCCCCAAACUGCCCAGUCCUAAUCAAUCCUGCCCCAAACUGCCCAGUCCUACUCCACCCUGCCCCAAACUGCCCAGUCCUCCACCCUGCCCCAAACUGCCCAGUCCUAUUCAACCCUGUCCCAAACUGCCCAGUCCUAAUCAAUCCUGCCCCAAACUGCCCAGUCCUUCUCACAUUGCCCCAAACUUCCCAGUCCUACUCCACCCUCCCCCAAACUGCCCAGUCCAACUCAACCCUGCCCCAAACUGCCCAGUCCUAAUCAAUCCUGCCCCAAACUGCCCAGUCCUACUCCACCCUCCCCCAAACUGCCCAGUCCUACUCACAUUGCCCCAAACUGCCCAGUCCUACUCCACCCUCCCCCAAACUGCCCAGUCCAACUCAACCCUGCCCCAAACUGCCCAGUCCUACUCCAUCCUGCCCCAAACUGCCCAGUCCUACUCCAUCCUGCCCCAAACUGCCCAGUCCUACUCACAGUGCCCCAAACUGCCCAGUCCUACUCACAGUGCCCCAAACUGCCCAGUCCUACUCCAUCCUGCCCCAAACUGCCCAGUCCUACUCACAGUGCCCCAAACUGCCCAGUCCUACUCACAGUGCCCCAAACUGCCCAGUCCUAAUCAAUCCUGCCCCAAACUGCCCAGUCCUACUCCAUCCUGCCCCAAACUGCCCAGUCCUACUCCAUCCUGCCCCAAACUGCCCAGUCCUACUCACAGUGCCCCAAACUGCCCAGUCCUACUCACAGUGCCCCAAACUGCCCAGUCCUACUCCAUCCUGCCCCAAACUGCCCAGUCCUACUCCAUCCUGCCCCAAACUGCCCAUCCUACUCCAUCCUGCCCCAAACUGCCCAGUCCUAAUCAAUCCUGCCCCAAACUGCCCAGUCCUACUCCACCCUGCCCCAAACUGCCCAGUCCUAAUCAAUCCUGCCCCAAACUGCCCAGUCCUACUCCACCCUCCCCCAAACUGCCCAGUCCUAAUCAAUCCUGCCCCAAACUGCCCAGUCCUACUCCACCCUCCCCCAAACUGCCCAGUCCUAAUCAAUCCUGCCCCAAACUGCCCAGUCCUAAUCAAUCCUGCCCCAAACUGCCCAGUCCUAAUCAAUCCUGCCCCAAACUGCCCAGUCCUAAUCAAUCCUGCCCCAAACUGCCCAGUCCUAAUCAAUCCUGCCCCAAACUGCCCAGUCCUAAUCAAUCCUGCCCCAAACUGCCCAGUCCUAAUCAAUCCUGCCCCAAACUGCCCAGUCCUAAUCAAUCCUGCCCCAAACUGCCCAGUCCUAAUCAAUCCUGCCCCAAACUGCCCAGUCCUACUCGACCCAGCAACAGACAGUUGGAAAUAUCUCACAAGACCAACUCCAAUCAUUCAAUUAUUCAUCGUUUAAAAGCUCGGGUUCUUUAA